AUGGCCGCUCGAACUGACCGUGCAGCCUUCGAGGCUGUCUUUCCCUCCCUAGUCAAGGACAUCAGUGACCAUGCGAACCAGUAUGGACUUCCCUCUAUUGCUCGGGAAUGGUUUGAAAACUCUAUGAAUGCGAAUACCCCUGGCGGGAAACUGAAUCGCGGCCUCUCCGUUCCAGAUACUGGCCUCGCUCUGCUCGAAAAACCCCUGAACGAUGAACAAUUCAAGCAUCUCUGCACCCUUGGCUGGAUGACAGAGUUUCUCCAGGCCUUCUUCCUCGUUUCCGACGAUAUGAUGGACAGCUCUAUCACCCGACGCGGUGAGCCAUGCUGGUACCGCCGCCCAAACGUCGGCAUGAUCGCCAUCAACGACGCUUUCAUGCUCGAAGCCGCCAUCUAUGUCCUCCUCAAGAAGCACUUCCGCUCGCACCCCGCAUACGUUGACUUCCUGGAACUAUUCCACGAAGUCACCUUCCAAACCGAGCUGGGCCAGCUCUGCGACCUGCUCACCGCCCCUGAAGACAAUGUGGACCUCAACAACUUCAGUAUGGAUAAAUUCAACUUUAUCGUCAUCUACAAGACCGCGUACUAUAGCUUCUACCUACCCGUUGUGCUUGCGCUACACUACCUCCAGCUCGCAACACCGUCCAAUUUGCGCCAGGCGCACGAUAUCCUUAUCCCGCUUGGCCAGUACUUCCAGGCCCAGGACGAUUAUCUGGACGUGUUCGGCAAACCGGAGCAGAUCGGCAAGAUUGGCACUGAUAUCCAGGAUAACAAGUGCUCCUGGGUGGUCAACCAGGCCUUGAAGCGGUGCUCUGCGGAGCAGCGUAAAGUUCUCGACGAGUCGUAUGGUCGAAAGGACGCGGCCAUGGAGGCUAAGGUUAAAAUUGUUUUCAACGAGCUUAACCUGCAGCAAGUCUAUCGUGACUUCGAGGAGGAACAGGUUGGCAAGAUCCGGGGCAUGAUCGCGAAGCUUGACGAAUCAGAGGGUCUGAAGAAGGCCGUUUUCGAAUCUUUCCUUGCCAAAAUCUAUAAGCGUGACAAAUAG